GGCCCGCUCCUUACUUCAUUCGCAAAAAGAAAACCAAAGGCAAAAUGUUUGACGGAGCCAAGUCUCCCAAAGAUAAAUACCAAUCCGAACGCACUGUCCGUGUUGACGCCAUGCCUCCUCCCUAUCGCUCUACAUAUAUGGUCGAACCAGCUCUCGUGCCUGUUAGUUCUUACCACGAAAGUAUGUACUAUGCUCAAGAACGAGAACGAGAACGAGAGAGAGAGAGAGAACGCGAGAGAGUACUAGACUUUGAGCGGGAGAGGGAAAGAGAAAGAGGACGAAGACCGAGUUGUUCAGAUCUUUUCCACAACAUCGAUGUGAUGCAACGUCUAGGCGAAAGAUUCAAGGGAUUGAACAUGACGUUUUCUCAUCCGCUACCCUCAGCCUCCCAUUCGAACUCCAGCACAACCAAUCAUACUUCUUCAAGUACUGGUAAUAGCAACACACAUGGUCCAACUCAAACCCAAACCCAAACAAACGAGAGUUUUGCAAACACGGCGAUAUUGGCCGCGAGAAUCAAAGAGCUAGAAAGGGAGAAAGAGUUGGUGAGGGAAAAGGAAAUCGAAAAGCUGAGAGGUGGAUUGAAUGGUGUUAGGGGUGAUGUUAAGGGGUUACAGAUGAGAUCUGAGCGAGAGGAAGGUAGAAGAGAGGGGAGAAUUGAAGGGAUGGGUAUUAAAAGUUUGGGGGCUGGGAAUAUACCCGCAUUUGGCGAAACCUGGAUCAAUACGAAUGGAGAGAUUAAUCUUUUCUCGACACCCCGCGGCCAAGAUCGAGAAGUCGAGAUACCGAGACGAAGAAAUGAGACCGAGCGACAAGAUACUCGGGGUAGAGUGGAUGAGGAAGCUAUUUUUCGCAGGAUAGAUGAUAAGUUUACGGGAGGAAGGAUUGAUCGAUUAGCGGAUGCGGAAAGACAAUUUGGAGAGCGACAACGGGAAAUAGUUGCGGUGAUGGAAAGAGGAGGGGGUAAUGAGAGUGCUGUUCGGAUGAAUAGGUUUGAGGAUAGAGUUGAGGGACGAGUAGAAAGAGUUGAGGAUCGGGUGGAGAGGAUUGUGGAGAGGGAGAUGGGGAGGGGGAGAAUGUAUGGUGGGGGUGAGAGAGAUAGAGAUAGAGAUAGGGAGAGGGAAAGGGAUAGGGAGAGAAGAGAUAGAAGUGAGGUUGGGAGAGAAAGAUAUUCGAGACCUAGAAUUAUGAGAGAGAGGGAGAGGGAGCGGGACUGGGAGUAUGGAUAUGAGAUUAGAGCUGGAUCUGGGGGGGCUAGAUAUCGGGGGUAUGUUUGAAUGUGUUGUUUGGAUGCUAUUUACUAGAAGUUUUUCUUGGCUAAGAGUGAUGAGUGGUAGGUGUAUGAACUCGGAAUAUUGCAUUGAAUCUCA